AAUUUGGAUCAGUGUUGUCCGGAGUCUUUCUCAAAUCUCAACCUAAAUAAUUUCAAAACGAGAAAACAAGAACAACCACUUGCUGGAGCUUGUUCUGUGAAUUCUUCGUUCGCCUAAUAGGUGAGAUAUGGCUCCAGGAAGAGAACUCAACGUUGACCCCACCAGUUGGAUCUUUCCUAUUCAAGUGUUGCUGGGUACUGUAAGACACGGAGAAGUUGAGGCAUGUAGCAUCUCCAAGGUUCCAGACAAGCUUAGAAAGCCAAACAAGGACGCAUACGUUCCGCAGGUUGUCUCCAUCGGACCCUACCACAAGGGAUCCCAAAACGAUCUCUUCAUGAUGGAACAACCCAAAUGGAAUUACAUGCUGUCUCUUCUAGGACGAUCCCUGUUCCAAGCGGAACAAGAGGGGAAAAUUAAAGACGGCCCAAGCACGGUGAAAGAAUGCGGCGAGACCAUUCUGGAGAUAGAAUACAUAGUUCGUGCCAGCUAUGGGGGGAACGCUCUAUCUGAACCACACGAGCUAGCAAAACUUAUGCUUCUGGAUGGUUUUUUCUUGUUAGAGUUUAUCCACAGGCUUCACGAGUAUAAGGAAUCCUUGAAGGCUGGGGAGAAUGGUGAAUAUGAUGACGACCCUGUAUUCGAAAGCCUAGACAAAGUCUUGUCUGUGUUGAGUGACUUGCUUCUGCUUGAGAAUCAAGUACCCUUCAUUGUUCUCAAGAAGUUGUAUAGAAAACUUUUCCCGGUUCCUGUUCCCGUUGAGCAAGAUCACCGUGUUGCUACUCUUGCAAUGGAAGCUCUAGGCUACUUUUCUGUUGUUCCUACAUCUGGUGCGGCUCAUCUUCUUCACCUUGUUUAUUUGUCCAUCGUGAACCAGGAGGAUAGAAAAAAAACUAGGCGAGCUCAUAAAGAGUUAAAGCGUUGUGCCACUAGACUUCGAGCUCGUGGAGUAACGAUAAGACAAGGAGGUAGAAGCAAUAUGAACCAGUUUGGUGAAAUCUUUAACUUUGAGAUAAAUUUCGACAAAGGGGUGUUGGAGAUUCCUCAGUUUCGUAUUAAGAAGUCAACGGAAGUCACAUGGAGGAACAUGAUUGCGUGGGAGCAGAGCAGAAUUAUAACCAGUUGCAAAUUGACUUCGUAUGCUUUGUUUUUCCAAGGCUUGAUUUGUUGUACGCAUGACAUCGAACUGCUGGAGCGUCUUGGAAUUAUAGUGAACGAAUCCGGGAAAAGAAAUGUAGAUUUGCUGAAGAUGUUUCAAACUCUGAGUGAGGGAGUUGAUCAGAUGGAUUGGAGUUAUAGUGACGUUUGUGGCAAGUUGAACUCAGACACGGGAACGAUAUCGUUAACAAAAUGGCCAAUAGUCACUUGGCAUCAGUGCAGACGUAUCAUUGCAAUUAUUGUUUACUAUUGCAAAAACUGGUACAGCAUUCUGAUAAAGGAACACAUUCCUACGGUUUGGAAACUCAUAGGAGUGUUGGCAGCUGUGGCGCUGCUAGGCCUCACUAUUGCACAGACAUACUAUUCAGCAAAGAGCAGUAAUAAUUAAAAUGUUUUCUUGUUUGGGAUGAUUUCACCGAUUCCAACUAUAGCAGUGGAGAAUUUUGAUUUUAAGAUUUAUCUUUUGUCGAAGUUUGAUUUUGUGAAGUUAAUAAGUUCCUAUGUUAGGAACCACUAAAUAGAGAUAGGACUUGUUUUAUCUUGUAAAAUCUGUUACUUGUUCUAUUCUGCAUUUAAGAAUCUGUUGUUUCAAUGUAAUGUUUGUGUAUCUGAAUAAUUGUCACAUUCAUCAAUAGUGCCAAAA